GAAAAUUCUCUAUUUUUUCUUGAGUAACUUGCGAAACGUGCUCCAAGCUUUGUUAAAUUUGACAUAAAUUUAAAUAACUCUUCAAAAAUGGCCCCUGCUAAUCCAAGUGCUAAACGUUCAGGAGGUGGAGGAAGUUCUGGAGGACAAUCAUACAAAGAAAAGGAAAAACCUAGACAGAUAAGAGACAGUAAUAUAACAGCAGCGAAAGCUGUCUGUGAUGCAAUUCGUACAAGUCUGGGCCCCAGAGGUAUGGAUAAAAUGAUUCAGUCAGGCAAUGGUGAUGUUACCAUUACAAAUGAUGGAGCUACAAUUUUAAAACAAAUGCAAGUUUUGCAUCCAGCUGCUAAACUGCUUGUAGAUUUAUCUAAAGCUCAAGAUAUUGAAGCUGGGGAUGGUACAACAACUGUAGUAGUUAUUACUGGUAGUAUGUUGGAUGCUGCUAAUAAACUGCUUGAUAAAGGAAUUCACCCUACAAUAAUAUCUGAAUCUUUUCAAAAAGCUACAGAAAAAGCUGUUGAAAUUUUGACUGAUAUGUCUAUACCUGUUGAAUUAAGUGAUAGAGAAAGUUUACUUAAAAGUGCUACUACAGCUUUGAGCUCUAAGAUUGUUUCCCAGCAUUCUAUGCUUUUGGCCCCUUUAGCAGUUGAUGCUGUUUUGAAGGUUAUUGAUCCUGCAGUUGACACAAAUGUCAACUUAAACGAUAUUAAAAUUAUGAAACAACUUGGAGGCACUGUUGAUGAUAUUGAAUUAAUAGAUGGUCUUCUUUUCAAACAAAGAAGCGCUGGUCUUGGAGGAGUUACCAAAGUUGAAAAAGCAAAAAUAGGAUUGAUUCAGUUUUGUGUCUCUCCUCCUAAAACAAAUAUGGAUAAUAGGAUUGUAGUAUCUGAUUAUACUCAGAUGGAUCGAGUUUUAAGGGAAGAACGAGCUUAUCUCUUGAACAUAGUAAAGCAAGUGAAGAAAGCUGGAUGUAAUGUUCUACUUAUUCAAAAAUCUAUUUUAAGGGAUGCCAUUACUGACUUAGCUUUGCACUUUUUUGCUAAAAUGAAGAUCAUGGUUAUUAGAGAUAUUGAAAGAGAAGAUAUAGAAUUCAUUUGCAAAACUUUAGGAUGCAGACCAAUUGCUAGUUUAGAUCACUUUGUUCCUGAAGCUCUUGGAUCUGCUGAACUUGUUCAAGAAUUUGAUGCUGGUGGUGUAAAAUAUGUAAAGGUUACUGGAGUUGCGCAUCCUGGCAAAACAGUGACUUUGUUUUUGAGAGGAUCAAAUAACUUGGUUUUGGAAGAAGCAGACCGUUCUCUCCACGAUGCUUUGUGUGUUAUACGUUGUUUAGUAAAAAAGAGAGCCUUAAUUGCAGGAGGUGGUGCUCCUGAAAUUGAACUUUCUUUGCGUUUAUCAGAGUUUUCUCGAACUCUGCAGGGAAUGGAAGCUUAUUGUAUUAGGGCAUAUGCUGAAUCCUUUGAAAUCAUUCCUUACACUUUAGCUGAAAAUGCAGGCUUGAAUGCUAUUGCUACUGUCACUGAGCUUAGGAACAAACAUGCUAAUGGCGAGAAAAAUGCUGGCAUUAAUGUCAGGAAGGGAUCUGUAACGAAUAUUUUAGAAGAGAAUGUAAUUCAACCUCUUCUUGUCAGUGUUAGUGCUGUUACUUUAGCAUCUGAAACUGUCCAGACUAUAAUGAAGAUUGAUGAUAUUGUGAAUGUUAUGCGAUAAUCUGGAUGUUUGUCUUCAAACUGCACAUAGUCUUUUGUGUAAUCAUUUUUUACUAAGCUGGACUUUAAAUGAUCAAAAAGCUUUUCUUUUACUGUAUAACAAUCACUUUUGUUGUUGACUUUCAUGCAUUGCGAUAACCUAUUUCUUUUCAUUAAACUUAAAGAUUGCAAUAAAAUUAUUGGCUGCUGUUAUUUUCAUCAAUAAAGAUUCCUUUUCUUGAAA